AACAAAACCCUAUACAAGGAGUGCGACGUUUACAGGCAUUCAAGAUAUUUUUUAUUGAUUUUAAUUCAGUCGUAGAUGCUUCCUAUAUUAUUUGCCUGAAAUAAGUGAAAUCCAUCAAGAUGGUAAGCCGUAGUCGUUCUCGAGAGCGAACGCAUAAUGUUCACCAAAAGCACAAUGGGAGAGAGGAAAUACACAAUAGAAGAAAAGUUAGUCGAAGUUCCAGCGACAGUGACAACAGCAGCGAUAGCGAUAGUAGCCGGGAUCAGUCACGCAGCGAAAAACGAAGGCGUAGGUCAAACUCAAGUUCUCGUGGUAGGCAUCGUUCACAGUAUGAGCGUAAGCCAAAGGAUAAAUCACGGCGGAGGUCAGUAUCGGAAGAGCGUCAUCGUCGCCGAUCUAGAUCGAAAUCUAAAACUAAAGAUCGCAAAAAGCCUCGUUCACCGGACAGACGGCGAUCGAAAUCAAAGUCCAGGGAUCGCAACAAACGAACCCCGGAACGGCGACGUAAGUCGCGAUCCAGGAGUAGGCAGCGUCAAGAGAAGCAUCACUACGGGCUCGGUUACAAUGGUUCAACAGGUGUGGAGGCAGGAGAAUUCAGCAAGAAAUGGGAACACGAUAUGUACCAGGAACGACAAUCCCGCCGGGAUGCGGAUCGCACUUACCGUUCCGGUGGCCGGUUCAACAAGGACGCGAUGGAUGAUGAAUUUCUGCAGUCCCGAAGAUUGCAGCGGGAAAUUAUUGGAGAAGAAGGCGUUGCGAUAGCCUGGGCAGAGUCACCUUCCCCACGGGACUCGUCCGAUGAUGAACGGGAACAGGCACUGGAAAAGAAGGCUCUCAAAAAGGCUUCGAAAAAGAAGAAGAAAAAAGAUAGCGACAAGAAAGAUAAGAAGAAAAAGAAAUCCUCCAAGAAAAAAAGUCGUAAAAAAGAAAGUACAAAGAAGAAGAAGAAAAAGAAGGAAGUAUCUUCGACGGACAGUUCGUCGUCAUCGGAUAGUGAGGAGGGUGAAGAGGAAUGGGUGGAGAAAUCUUUGAUGGGUAAGCCAAGAUCUGUCAGAGCUGGUAGUUCCAAGGGAACGUUGGAGGAGGAAUCCCCGGAUGGAGUGGUCGGUCCCGUGAAGGCAAGUGGUAAUCUUAAUCAGAAGGACUUUGGCAGGGCACUUCUGCCGGGUGAGGGUGCCGCAAUGGCCGCCUACGUUACCGAGGGCAAACGAAUACCUCGUCGUGGUGAGAUCGGUUUGACUUCGGACGAAAUUGACACGUUCGAGAAGGUUGGAUACGUUAUGAGCGGAAGCAGACACCGUCGCAUGGAGGCUGUCCGUAUUCGUAAGGAAAAUCAAAUCUAUUCGGCAGAUGAGAAACGCGCUUUGGCAAUGUUCAGCAAGGAGGAACGCCAGAAACGGGAGAACAAGAUAUUGUCACAGUUUAAGGAGAUGAUCAGUGCAAAACUAGCCACCGACAAACACUGAGAAGAAUAUUCAACUGUUCGGAAUUUUACGAUUUGUAUUUUUGAAAAUAAACAAACUUAAUUCAACAUCAA